AUGAGGCAGGUAUCUGGAGUGAGGUUCCUCCUGGGGCUGAUGGCUCUCCCAGCGGCGCUGGGACAGAGAAGCUCGGGAAGCCCUAGAAAUAGCAGCCAGCCUGAGAGCUUUGCCAUCGUCUCUUUCGAAUGGAAUCACGUCAAGGAUCCUUAUAUCAUUACACUCUGGAUACUUGUGGCCAGCUUGGCCAAAAUCGUUUUCCACUUGUCCCACAAAGUCACUCGGGUGGUUCCAGAGAGUGCUCUGCUGAUUGUUCUUGGUCUUUUCCUUGGUGGUAUUGUAUGGGCAGCAGAUCACAUUGCCUCCUUCGCCCUUACACCAACUGUAUUUUUCUUCUAUCUACUCCCCCCCAUUGUUUUGGAUGCUGGAUAUUUUAUGCCAAAUAGAUUGUUCUUUGGAAAUCUUGGUUCCAUCCUUCUGUAUGCUGUCAUCGGGACAGUCUGGAAUGCUGCCACAACCGGUUUAUCUCUCUAUGGUGUCUACCGGACAGGAAUAAUGGGCCACCUGAAUACUGGACUGCUGGACUUCCUCCUGUUUGGCAGCUUAAUUGCUGCUGUGGAUCCUGUAGCUGUUCUGGCAGUGUUUGAAGAAGUCCAUGUCAAUGAAGUUCUAUUCAUCAUUGUUUUUGGAGAAUCACUUCUGAAUGAUGCUGUAACUGUGGUGCUCUACAAUGUGUUUGAAUCUUUUGUUAAAAUAGGUCCAGAGAAUGUGACGGGGAUUGAAUGUCUCAAAGGCAUAGUGUCAUUCUUUGUGGUGAGCCUGGGUGGGACACUGGUUGGCAUUUUCUUUGCCUUCCUGCUCUUUUUCACCAAGCACGUGAGAAUCAUUGAACCUGGAUUUGUGUUUAUCAUUUCCUACCUGUCCUACCUCACAGCAGAGAUGCUUUCUCUUUCCCCUAUCCUUGCGAUAACUUUCUGUGGCAUCUGCUGUCAGAAAUAUGUCAAGGCUAACAUAUCUGAACAAUCUUCUACAACUGUAAGAUAUACCAUGAAAAUGAUGGCCAGUGGAGCAGAAACUAUUAUCUUCAUGUUCCUGGGAAUUUCAGCUGUAAAUCCAGAUAUCUGGACUUGGAACACAGCUUUUAUUCUGCUGACUCUGGUCUUCAUCUCAGUAUAUAGAGUUAUUGGCGUAGUUUUACAGACAUGGAUUCUUAACCACUACAGAAUGGUCCAGUUGGAGAUAAUAGACCAGGUGGUGAUGUCAUAUGGUGGACUACGUGGAGCAGUUGCUUUUGCUCUGGUGGUACUUCUGGAUGUGGACAAAGUGAAAGAGAGAAACCUGUUUGUCAGCACAACUAUCAUUGUUGUGUUUUUUACUGUUAUUUUCCAGGGACUGACUAUCAAGCCUUUGGUACAGUGGCUGAAAGUGAAGAAAACUGAACACAGAGAGCCAAAACUGAACGAGAAACUUCAUGGCAGAGCCUUUGAUCACAUUCUUUCUGCUAUAGAAGACAUUUCUGGACAAAUAGGACAUAAUUAUCUGAGAGACAAGUGGUCCAAUUUUGAUAGGAAAUUCCUCAGUAAAGUACUGAUGAGAAGGUCUGCUCAAAAAUCAAGAGACCAGAUCCUUAAUGUUUUCCAUGAACUCAACUUGAAGGAUGCAAUUAGCUAUGUGGCUGAGGGAGAACGUAGAGGUUCCUUGGCAUUUAUACGUUCUCCAAGUACAGACAACAUGGUAAAUGUGGAUUUCAGCACCCCACGCCCAAGUACCGUGGAAAGCUCUGUCUCUUAUUUACUGAGAGAAAAAGCUGGACCAGUCUGCUUGGACAUGCAAGCUUUAGAGCAGAGGAGGAAAAGUAUCCGGGACACAGAAGACACAGUCGCUCAUCACACCCUACAACAGUACCUGUACAAACCCCGGCAGGAGCACAAACACCUGUACAGUCGACAUGAGAUCAUGUACAGUGAAGAUGAGAAACAAGACAAGGAGAUUUUCCAUAGGACAAUGAGGAAGCGCUUAGAAUCUUUCAAGAGUACCAAACUAGGAAUAAACCAUUCCAAGAAGCUCAAUAAAAUCCACAAGCGAGACCGGGGCCAAAAAAGGCGGAACAGCAAUGUCCUACCAAAUGGAAUAAUACCUUCAGAAAAUCCAGUACAAGAUUUUACUUUGAAGGAAAAAGAUUUGGAGUUUUCUGAAUCAGAAGAAAAUAAUGAUUAUGAAACUUUGCAUCUAGGCAAAGGAGUUGAUUUCCUGGCUAAUGUGACAAAGCAAAAUUUCACAGAUACUCCUACUGGAAUCGAUAACCCAGUAUUUUCAGCUGAUGAUGAUCAAAGCAUCUACAUGAAGUUCUCACCAUGGUUAUCUAGUGAAGAUACUGUGGUACCAUCACAAAGGGCCCGAGUGCAGAUCCCAUAUUCUCCAAACAACUUCAGACGGCUCACUCCAUUUCGGCUCAGCAAUAAAUCAAUAGAUUCCUUCCUGCUAGCAGAUGGCCCAGAGGACCGACCCAGAUCUUUUCUCCCAGAAUCAACACAUAUGUAA